AUGAAGAACAAGUACCAAGGUAAUACGCGGGUUAAGCGGGCCCAGUUGCAGCGAUUGCGGAAGGAGUUCGAGACUUUGGAGAUGAAAGACGGCGAGGGAAUCACCRACUACUUUGGCCGUGUCAUGACGGUGGCCAAUUCUAUGCGGAAUUUCGGUGAAGAUAUGGAUGAUGUGAAAGUUGUUGAAAAAAUUCUACGAUCCCUGACUGACAACUUUAAUUUUGUUGUUUGUUCCAUCGAAGAAUCCAAGGAUAUCGACCGUUUAUCGGUCGAUGAAUUGCAGAGCUCGUUGCUCGUUCAUGAACAGAAACUGACUAAGAAACCCACCCUUGAUGAUCAAGUUCUACAGACUGAAGUCGACCCUUCCACCGGGCGUGGUCGUGGUCGAGGAAGGGGGUCGGGUGCAAGAGGAAGAGGUCGCGGACGCGGACGCGGACGCGGACGCGGACGUGGGAGGUCUGAUUUCGAUAAGUCCUCCAUCGAAUGCUAUUGA